AUGAGUGAUGCCUAUGAGCGUGAGCAGCAGAACAAUGCUCUCCUGAACUCUCUCUCAUCCAAGGUCUCGGCCCUCCGCUCUGUGACUAUCGACAUCCACGACAAUGCGCGCGAUCAGGACACUCUUGACCGUACGAGUGACGUAUUCUCCUCGUUCUCAACGAAUCUGAAGGGCAGCGCAUCUCGACUUACGCGAAUGGCGAAGCAAGGCGAUACUGUGGCAGUGCUGAAGAUCGCAGGCAUCUGUAUUGCUGCAGGAUUCCUGCUCUACAUCGUUCUUGGGUGGAUCUUUUGA